AUGGAAACCUCGAAUGCCAUCGGUGACCUCCGACGCGGCGUCAGUUCCUGCUUCAACAAGUCAGAAUACCGAUCCUCUCACAGUCAUCAACGGGAUGAACCGCAGCGCCUUCUAUCCCAGCAGGAAAACACAUCUGAGAGGAGGCAGGUUUGCACGUGGGUGCUCGGACCCAGUCCUGGGGGGCCUCAACAGGUCAUGGCUAUUAUCGGAGGAGCUGUGGAGACUCUGGAGGAAAUCCCGGCCCAUGUGUGGACGGGUCUGCCUGACUGUCUGAACCUCGGACGCUCUGCUGUGAAUCAAAGUCGCGUUGGUGUGUGGGCCACACAAGUAAUUCCUAAAGGCAAGCGGUUUGGGCCGUUUGCUGGAGAGAAGAAAAAAAGGUCUCAGGUGACCAGUAAUGUUUACAUGUGGGAGGUGUACUUCCCUUCCCGGGGAUGGAUGUGCAUAGAUGCCACAGACCCAGUGAAGGGGAACUGGUUACGAUAUGUGAACUGGGCUCGUUCCAGUGAAGAGCAAAAUCUUUUUCCGUUGGAGAUCAACAGAUCCAUUUACUACAAAGUUCUCAGGCCUAUCGGGCCCGGAGAGGAGCUGCUGGUGUGGUACACAGUGGAAGACAACCCUGAGAUAACAGCUGCACUGGAGGAAGAAAGAGCCAACAGUCUGAGCAGGAAAAAUUCACCCAGGGCGAAGCGAGCGCGGAGAAAGCAGCUGGAGAAAGCCAGACAGGCUGGUUUGGGUGGAUUCAAAAGAACAAGUGCAACCAAACCUACUGCUAAGGAGAUGUGGGACGAGGGAGAAUGCACAAAGGAGGACGAGCGGCCACCGGGAACCUCCCAACAACUAAAGGAAGUCCACUCCUCUGAGAGCACCGCCUGUAAAGAUGUGCAGGACAUGUCGACAGCAUUAACGAACACAGGAAACUGGGAGGAGGAGGAGAAUGAAGAGGAACAUGAGGAAGUGGAGGAAGAGGAAGAAGAGGAGGAGGAAGAAGGAGAGGAAGAGGAUGGGUAUGAUCAACAUGACAUACAGCACCGCACCUCUCAGCAGUCCAAUGAGGCUGAUUCUGUGCAAAGCACUCAGUCCACUCCAUUGCUAAGCUGUGGUGAACAAAGCCAUAAGGAUUCGCAGGUGACGCUUGACUGCUCUCUUGCUGGUCAAGAGCCAGAGGUUGACCCUCGUCUUGACCCUGACGGUGAGCUCGACGGGGAUCCACAAGGAGAGUCGUCGCAUCCCUGUGACCACUGCGAGCGGCACUUUUCCACCAGGCAGGGUCUGGAGCGUCACAUCCACAUUCAUACCAUCAGCAACCAGCAAGCACAAUUCUUCAAGUGCCGAUACUGCAGCAAAUGUUUUGGCUCGCAGGUGGGGCGGCGGCGGCACGAGAGAAGACAUGAAAACAGUUCUAAGAAAAGGCCCGGCUCCCUGGCUGGAGCCGGCGGUCUGCUCAGUCCCGUGGCGCUGACCGACUCGAGUCCUGACUGCACCACCACAGCCGGUCAAUUUAUAGCCAUAGGCUCCCAGUUUACAGCGGCUCACCUGCAGAACUCUGAAAUCCAGAGGAAGGAGUUGGGCCCUCCUGCUGACCGUCCCUCCAUGCUGGAUGAAAACGGUGAGUCAAAAGAACUCCAUCCCUGCAAGUAUUGUAACAAAGCAUUUGGCACGCACACCAACAUGCGCAGGCACCAGCGCAGAAUACACGAGCGGCACUUAUUACCCAAAGGAGUGCGCAGGAAAGGCAUGCUGGCACCGGCACAGCUACAGCCCGGUGAGUCCCCCAGUACCAGCCCUCCACCCGUCUACAUGCCCAGCGCUGACACAGAGGAUGAGGCCGACAGAGAUGACUACACAGUCGACAUAUCCAAAAACAUCUCGGAAAAUCUAAGCUUCUACAUUGACGGCAAGAUUGUGUCCACUGGUGCAGUCAGCAGUUGUGAGGUGAUAGAGGUGGACACCAGGUCAGCAGCGCUGUUUGGUCUGGACACGGUCAUUAUCAGCCCAAAUCAGCUUGGCCAUGCACUGAAGGUGGAGGGCAGAAUGAAUGCUGCAAAGCAGAUUUCCAGCGGUGGGCAGCCAACUGCGAAGAGAAGAACAUCGACACCCCCACUCGUCACCGGCCUUAAAGUGGAGACGGAAACAACGCCGUCGCCAUCAUCAUCUACAUCUUCCACUUCAAACCUGUUAGUGGGAGGAGUGUUUCAGCCCGUCAUGGAGUCAAAUGUGUUUCAGCGAGAGAAAACUGUUUACCUUUCGCCCAAGCUCAAACAGCUCCUUCAGACGCAAGACUUUCAGAAAUCCACCCUGGCGCUCAUUACAGAGGGCCACAGGCUGGCCUCUCCGCUGUCAGUCACGCAGCUGCAGGGGGCUUCAGGAAAGUUUAAAAGAAGAACAGGGUCACCUCCAUCCUCCCCGCAGCUCAGUCCUGCAGGUAAAAAUGAAAGCUGUAAAGCAGAAGUGGCGAGUGCACACACGCUGAAGGUGCCAAAGCUGGAAAGCCACAGCGUGCCACCUCCGGAGAGUGUGUUGGACAAGGAUGAGGAGGAGGAUAGUCUGAGCCCCUCUGGAGAGGCCAUGCACAGCCAAGCUUCCACCAGCAGCGGAGGAAAUUCCUGUAAUCAGCAGCCGUUAGAUCUGUCAAACUUUGUGAACCGACGGAGUGACGAGUUGAACAAGGUGGUGGGGGAUUUAGCUCUGGAUUUAAGCCUGCACCGCAAGACCCCGGUUGAUUCAGAAUGUAAGGGAAAUGCAGCGACGCAACCUCUUGCAAAAAAGAGAAAGCCUAACACCAGUAUGCUUGAGAAGGUGCUAAUGAAUGAGUACGUAGGUCUGACUUUGCCAGGAGAGGAGGGUCCCUCCAGCCUGGCAAACCUCAGCAGUUUCAGUUCUCACUCUCCAAAUAUCCCAUCAGAGUCUGCACACCCGUCUCCACCCUCUUUGACCCCCGUCACUAUAAACCCCUCCUCGCCCAGCAGCAGCAGCGUAACAUCCCCGACACCUCCCCCCCCUGUUCUUCCUACCAUACCGUCUCCACCAGCCAUGCCUAGCUCCCCUCUCUCUCAGCCCUCAGACUCGCCGGCUUUAAGGCCUCUUCCUGUCCUUUCCCCAAAAAUGUCCCCGAGAUCGUCCGAGCACAAGCCCACGUCCGAUGCUGUCGAGGAUUUCUUAGCUGGGGAAAGCAAAGACGAAGAUGAGAUCCUUAACUCGGAGCCUCUGGAUUCCCCCGACACUCAACACGAAGGUCCUCGUAAUCGCACAGUGCCAGCAGGCUCACCCGGCCCCUCAUCCUUCAGUCUGCCCGUUAAAGAUGAUGUUUUGCAGCCGGCAGCUUGCAAUAGUCUUCUGAAUGGCAUCUCAAACCCAGAUGCUGCCGCAGAAACAGAGAUUUCUUUUAAAUCUGACUUUCAUCCCCUGUCGUCCAAGCCAGAAUCGUCUUCUUUGCCGAUAUCUCAUCCUCUUACACCCCGAGAGCCAUCGCCGUCACCCUCUCAGUCUUCCCCUCUGAUUAAGGUGAAAGAAGAGCCACAGCACUGUGAGGAUUUGUCAGCUUGGAAUCAUGCGCCUCAGCAUGGCGUUCACUCUUCUCACCAGCCUGCAGCUCCUGGAAAAGCAUCUGACAAAGCCUCGGAGGAAGAGGAAUUGGACUUGACGUACUGCAAGACUUUUGUGUGUAAUGUCUGCGAGGAGCCUUUCGACUCCAUCAAAGAGCUGAGCGGACAUAUCACAGAGCAUGCCACAGACUGGCCCUUGAAGUGUGAAUUUUGCGUUCAGCUUUUUGGUGACGCCCCAGCUCUGCUGACUCACCGGACAACACUACACGGAGUGGGUCAGAUUUUUGUGUGCUCCGCCUGCUCCAAAGAGUUUGCUUUCCUUUGUAACCUCCAGCAGCACCAAAAGGAUCUGCACCCAAAUGAGACUUGUUCACAUACUACUGUAGAAAGUGGCAAACUGAGGCCACAGAAUUACACCGAUCCAUCCAAAGCCAAAGAGGAAAGCAGUCCCUCAACACCAGCACCGGAAACGGCCGAAGACGGAGAUCCUGAAAUGGGCGAUCACCUAGCGGCGGAAGAGCCCGAUGUCAACGGGAAUCACGCGGAGGAUCCCAACGAGGAGCUGUACACUACAAUAAAGAUCAUGGCGUCAGAGGGGGGAAAGCCGAAAGGCCCUGACGUCCGCCUUGGUAUCAAUCAACACUAUCCCAGUUAUAAACCACCGCCGUUUCCCUACCACAGCCGUUCCCACGCCGGCUCUGUGGCCUCCGCCACAAACUUCACCACCCACAACAUACCGCAAACCUUCACCACUGCCAUUCGCUGCACCAAGUGUGGCAACAGCUUUGACAAUAUGCCCGAGCUCCACAAGCAUAUACUGGCCUGCGCCAAUGCCAGUGACAAGAAGCGUUACACCCCCAAAAAGAAUCCCAUCCCCCUCAAACAAAUAGUAAAGAGUCCAAAUGGCGUGGUGUCCCCUACUGCGGCCGCCGUGGCUCCGGGGGCUUUCCGUAGAAUGGGCCAGCCAAAGAGACUUAACUUUAACCAGGACGGCGGCAAAACAAAGAUGAGCGCUCUCAGUAAAAAGAAAAAUCAGCUGGUCCAAAAAGCCAUCUCCCAGAAAAACAAAUCUGCCAUCACUGCGAAGAAGGCCGCCGUCAAAGUGGAGGAAGAGCACGCCUCCAACGUCUGUCCGCACUGCAGCCGGGAGUUCACCUACACGGCCAGCCUCACCAAGCACAUGGCCGUCAGCUGUCCCAUGAAGCCCGUCCUCGCCAAGAAGGGCAGAAAAGCUGCGGCGGAGGUGAAAAAGGAGGCCGUCUCUGCGGCGGAUAAAGGCGGCAGGAGGAAGCCCUCAGAGGGCGACGUGCAGGCGGAGCCAGAGCCGAGGCCUCUGGGAAAAACCAGAGCGCGCAGCUCCGGGGCCGCGGACCCGGAGCCCGCCCACACGGGCAAGGGAAAGGGCGCCGCUCCGGCGGGCCGACUAAAGAGGCCCACCCCGUUCCCCUCGCCCCUCCCUGCGGGCAAAAGAACCAAGAAAGCCCAAGUCCAGUCUCUACCUCCGACCCCUUCGGCCCUGGACGGCCCCGGCGAGGCGGCGCACCGGCCGGCCAUGAGGCUGCAGCGCAUGGGCAAAGAGCCGGCGCCCAAGAAACCAGCAGAGGCCAAAUCGCCCCCCCAGCUGAAGAAAGAGGAGCGCUUCUCCCUCAGAACCAGGGAGAGGGUCGGGGGUCCGGUCACCAGGAGCUUACAGAUGGCUACCACAUCUCCCGCCGAUGUGAAAACUGAGGAACUGCCGACGCAAGAGCCGAAAGACUCUCAGGAGGUGCUAAUGAAGUGAGCCAUGGUGACAACAUUACCUCUUCCUGGGAAUAGUGUUCACCUGUGGGGAAACCCUCUGGACUCACCAAGGCCCCACUGACAUUCUGUGAUGCUUUUCUCGCCUGAAACAAGCCUGCCUAUCUCAGCUGCGUUUGCUGGACUGUAGGAGGGAACUGUCUCGACCUUCCACUCCUCCUAUGGACAAAACUGAGCCUCUUUUUCUGACAGCCUUGCAAAAAAUGAAACUGUAAAUGAUGAUGAGUUAAUAUAUACAACACGUGUCAUGGCUUGAGCCAAAACUGUACGAUUAGGGCUCCGUUAGUUUGGAAAGCUGAUAUAUUGCAAAUGGCAAUCAUGUAUCAGUUAGGGUGAGCUGAACUUGUUAAUCCUUUUUGUUCCGUAUUCCCCCCCUCCCCUUUUUAGAUUCCACUCUCUCUUAAUGCAUGUGCUGACUAGAGAAAGUCUAGCUGAAGGCAGGUCCCAUGUCUCUCCCAGUGGGCGUGUUAUUCAGUUUAUCCAGGAUUUGCAAACUAUGUAUGUUUUUGAUUUAAAAUGUUUGUAGUCACUAUAUUAUAGAUUAUAUCUUAUUGGCAUAUUUUUGUUUGGGAAACAAAAAUCAAAAAUGGCAGUUGCUAACGGCAGCAAUCGGUCCUCAGGAACACUGUACAUGCGUGUGGAAAGUAUGUGGUUAUGGUUGUGUUUGGAUGUGUAGUCCAACAGCUUUUCCCUUUUGACGGACAUCUCAAAUGCGUCUCAUGUUUUUACCUGCUGUCCACCUCCUUUUCCAGGCUAAGCAGGAAGCUCCAGCUGUAGAAUGAUGGGAGGCACGCUGUGCUCCCCCUCAAAUGAUGUCUGACUUUCAAAUGAUUAAUAGCAUUAAAAAAAACCCAAUGUUCUCACAGCACUUUAAAACAAACUGCCAAAUGUUCACGCAGGAUCAGUCAAAUUCGGAGGGUGAAAGCGGAGUGCCGUGGAAUGUGGUCCGGUCCGGACCGCUCUACAGACAUUGGGAAGUCGUCCCACAUUGGAAGAUAUCUGAUCUCGAGUACCGCCUUUACAGUCUUGUUGCAAAGAAAUGCUAAAAGUGGUUGUCUCCUUCGAGGCAAAUACCCAUGAAAAUGCAUAAUUUUCAUGGGUCAGACAUGGUCUGUCUUUGUUUUUUUUAAUGCGCCAUAUCGGAAACGUUUCCAGAAUCCGUUAAAGUGGACGUUUGCAGAGUUGUUUCACGUGUCGCUUUGCUUGGAAGAUUCAUGCCUUGAAGACUGUUUUAAUGAUACAUGUGGUGAGAAAUGUCCAGCCAAUGAAAAACUCCUUCAUUCUAUUAUUUUCUCUUUGGUCUCUCCAUUGUACCCCCCCAACCCUUUCACUCAUAGCCAUGUAGAAUUGUACCACAGAGGCAGUUCUUAAGACCUUGUAGCAUGUUAAUGGGAAAGGAAAUUGAACAGUAUGAUUUGAAGCUAAUUUAUAUUUCCAUGAGAAAUCUUUGCUUUGUCUUUCAGCAUCAAGAUCUUGUAUUUAAGGAUGAACAAAGAUCCCAAAUGACCUCAAGUAAAACAUUGCUGUAAUUGACACAAUAAAGAAAGACGUUUUUCAACU